AUGAAGAAAUCAUCAUCUGAGUCUCCUAUGUCGUUUCUGUCCUUACCGUACGACGUGGUCCUCAACAUUCUGGCUAGGAUCUCGAGAAUCAACUAUCCGAUUCUAUCUCUUGUCUCCAAGAGUUUCCGACCAAUCCUGGCUUCGCCUGACCUCGAGGACGUACGCUCACGCAUCGGAAAACCUGACAAGUACCUCCACGUCUGCUUAAAUCUGAAAAACAAACCUAACCCUAGUUGGUUCAUACUUUCUUCCACAACACGUCACAAUCAACAACGUAAGUUGAUACAAACCCCUUCGUUUCCUUACCAACAUCUCAACUCCUCCACUGUUGUCUCCGUUGGUUUAGAGACUUAUAUAGUCGGCGGCGGACUGGUCGUGAAUGGAAGAAAGAGGAGAAGCAGAAGAGUGUUUAUUGUCGAUUGCAAAUCUCAUCAAUGGCGUAAACUCCCCAAGAUGCUUCUUGCUCGGAAAGAAGCAGACGUUAAUGUGAUCGACGGUAAGAUCUUUGUGACUGGAGGCUGCAGCAGCAGGUACUAUGACACGGACAACUACGGAGAGGUUUAUGACCCGAAGACACAAACUUGGGAGCCAACAACACAACGAGUUCUCACCGAUGUACAAGUCGCCUUAAGGUAUCUUAAGUAUGAACAAGUCGCCAUGAGGUAUCUCACCGAUGAACAAGUCGCCAUGAGGUAUCUCACCGAUGAAGAAAUCAACAUCAAGUAUCUCUCAAGCUCUCUUCUUCAACAACAAAUUAAUUACACUUCCAUCAAGUGCUACAUAGCGACAGACUAUUUCCAUAAGUAUUGCGAACCGAAACAUAGAGGGUUAAAUUUUUUAUGGUUGACAGCAAUGGUUCACAAAGGGGAACUACUUUGCGGUUAUCGGAAACGGUUCUAUAGAGUUUUGGGACUUGAAGCAAUAUCCUCUAAUUAUCUUCUUUCGGUGGCAAACCCUGGCCGAGAAAACAGAGUGACGGUUUGGUGGAAGACUUGUACGGAAUGUGAAACGCAGAUAUGGUGUGCAGAGGUUUUAAUUGAUUAUAUCUCUUAUUCUAAGGCUUUGGGUUCGGUAGAAUGGUCUGAGAAUGUGUUUACCUUCCAGGGAUGUCAAUCUGAUGAUGACCACUCCGAAUUACUUUUGCAUUCUGCUUUAGUAACACAUGAUCAUUGA